AUGGUGUUUUUCAGAAAGACGAGAUCUAUUACCUGUUUCUAUUGUAAUGUGACGUCGAGAGUUGAGGAUCGAGGCCCGGGAAGGAUGAAGGAGUGGUUGUGUCCGGAGUGUGAUGCUGUGAAUCAUUAUGAUGAGAACGGCAACAUCGCAGACUUCGUCCCCGAACCCAAACCACUCCCUCCCCUCGCCUCCACAUCCAUGGCCACAGCCCCACCACCGCUCUCAUCCCCCUUCUGCACAACCUGCACAACAAACCAAGCCCUCGUCUCACACACCCUAGCCUCCUACCUCCCCUCCGAAGACGACCCAGACUACGAGACCUAUUUGUCCGCAUACCCAGCGUACAAGGAGAACUUGGAGGAGAGGUAUCCGCAGAUAUGUGAAAUGUGCGCACCGAAGGUGAGGGAGAGAUUAGCGCGGAAUAACUAUGUUGCGAAGGCGAGUGUUGUGGGUGGGUGGUUGGAGAGGAGUAAGAAGGGGGAGGGGGAGGUGGAGGGAAGAGGGAGGGGUGGGGCUGUGAGGGCACUUUGGACGGUGGUUUGGGUUGUGAGAGGGGUUGGGUGGUGGGUUGUUACGGUUGUGAUGUUGGCGUGGUAUCUUUCGGGCAUUCACUACCCCCGCGAACACCUCGCCUCCCUCCACAUCCCACCCCAAGUCCUCGACUUCCCCACCUUCUGGUCCUCCUCCAUCCCCCUCACCUCCCCGACCGCCCUCGCCCUCUUCCGUCGCUACAUCAACACCCUCACCCCUUACUCCACCUUUGUCGUCUUCUGGAACUAUAAAUGGCUCGCGGCAGAACGAAUCCCAGGCGCGAAAAUUGUGGGAACACGGGAGAAUAUCAAGUGUAUGGCGGUUUUGCAUGCGUUGAGGUUGGUGUCGAGUCAUGUGUUGGGAGGGAAGUGGGUAAGGAUUGAGGAUGAGGAGGUGUAUGCGAAGGUUUCGCUGGGGUUUUUGGUUGUGUCGAUUAUGAUUUUGGUUGUGUCGAGGAACGUGUUGAAGGUUCAGUUACCGGCAAAGAUUACGUUGAAGGAUAGUGUUGAUAUUCAGGUUCCUUCGUCGCCUAUUGCGGAGGCGCUUGCGGAGUCGGCCAAACGAGAACCGGAAGCGAGUCCGACAAAGCUCGCUCAGUUGCCUGCCGAGCCACUGGCGAGAUCGGCGCCCUUCAACACCCCAGGGUUCUCAGAUCGUAACCCGAACUUCACCGUCCCCCGAUCCAUGGACCCCAUCCUUCCCUCAACAGACGCAGCAGCUGAAGCCGAUAACGACAUUCCCACCCCCUUCAAGAGUCGGCCAAAAAUCAGAACGGACGUUGAGCCGAUGGAUUGGAAUCCCUCACCACCACCCACGGCCAAGGUGUUUGAGCAACCAGUCAGCAAUGGGAGCCCGUUCCAGCAUUAUCGGCCUGGGAGUAAUAAUCCGCUGCCGGUUGAUAUAGUUAGUCCGUACGGGAAGGUGCCUAUCCGGGCCCCAGGUUUCGGGGCACAAACACAGCACCAGUUCGGUUCACCCUCGAACCCCUUCCUUCCCACCCCAAAGACAACCAAAGACGCCGACACCACACUUGCCCCCCAAAAGUUCUUCGCACCCGAGAAACCGACGGGGUUGGAGGGGUUGUUUGGCAGUACGCUGCAGUUAGAGGACGAACCCGUUAUUGUCCGGGCUGUGAAGAGUGUACGCAGGCGGACGCCAUGGUGGGUGUGUAUUUUGAGGGCCGGGGUGGCGGUGGGGUGUACGGGGUUCGUGUGGGUUGGGGUUUGUACGCGGAUGUGGGGGGCUGUGAGUGUAGCUGGUGUGAUGGGUCUUUUGGCGGCUGCGACGGUCAAAAUCAGUGAUACCAAAGUGGUUGGUCAGAGGGUGUGGUUGAUGGAGGUUAUCACGCUCCUUGGUGCGGCGUUUGGGUACGCUUAUGACGCACUAGUCGGGAAGACGGUGUUUGCGGAGAGCAUGGGCUUCAAUAUCACGAGUUGUGCGAUAUGUGUGGGGAUUAUGGUUCACCAUGUUAUUGUUGGGCAUACGGCGUGGUUGGUGGAGCAGAAGGUGAGGAGGAAGAAGAGGGAGGAGGAGAUGAGGCGGCAUAGGAGGGGGAUGGGUUCUUUGAAUAUGAGUUUGGGGUUGCCUAAGGGCAUGGAUCCAAGUGCAAGUGCGAGGAGGGAGAGUUUGGGGAAGGCGCAGGGGAGAUGUGGGUUGGAGAGUAUGUUUGGGAGUACGGUGUUCCAGUUGGCGGGCCAGGGGACGCCUAAGAAAGCGAGUGAUGUUGGUGUUGCUGUUGGUGUUGGUGGUGCGGGGCCCAGGUUUGGACAAACGAGUUCGGUCGGGGGUAGUGGCCUUGGGUUUGGGAGCAUGAAUUUGACGAAGAGGCAUUAG